AGUGGCGUUGAUUCCAUCACCCUUGGUUUUGUCAACGGUGCUCCUGAUGCCUCUGGGUAUCCCAGCCUCAACUUUGGACCCAACUGCUGGGCAGAGUCUUAUCCGGGCAACCUUGGCUUGCCCUCGAAGCUCUUGAGCCAUUGCAUGUCCCUCCAGUCAGACAUUCCUUACUGCAGGUCCAAAGGUGUCAAGGUUAUUCUGAGUAUCGGAGGCGUAUACAACGCUCUGACUUCCAACUACUUCGUGGGAGACAACGGAACAGCAACCGACUUUGCUACAUUCCUUUACAAUGCUUUUGGUCCUUACAAUGCGAGCUACACGGGCCCUCGCCCCUUUGACGACAUCACUACGGGCCUCCCCACCUCUGUCGAUGGCUUCGACUUUGAUAUUGAGGCAGACUUUCCCAACGGGCCUUACAUCAAGAUGAUUGAGACGUUCCGCUCUCUCGACUCCUCCAUGCUGAUAACCGGUGCUCCUCAGUGCCCUACUAAUCCUCAGUACUUCGUCAUGAAGGACAUGAUCCAGCAGGCGGCCUUUGACAAGCUGUUCAUCCAGUUCUACAACAACCCGGUUUGUGACGCCAUUCCUGGCAACACCGCCGGCGACAAGUUCAACUACGAUGACUGGGAGGCUGUGAUUGCUGGCAGCGCCAAGAGCAAGUCGGCCAAGCUGUACAUUGGACUUCCCGCUAUCCAGGAGCCUAAUGAGUCUGGCUACAUUGACCCGAUCGCGAUGAAGAACCUGGUCUGCCAGUACAAGGACAGGCCGCACUUUGGUGGAUUGUCUCUGUGGGAUUUGUCACGUGGUUUGGUCAACAAUAUCAACGGAACCUCGUUCAACCAGUGGGCGCUCGACGCGCUGCAGUACGGA